CGCUGAUGUUGUCUUGUUCAUUCGUGCAGUAUUAUCGUGUGUGCUGUGUGUGUCUGUCCUCUCAGCAGCGCAACCAGAGUGAAACACGACACUCAUUUGAAGUGAAUUAUUAAUGGCAGACAGACGAUUGUGGAAAUAAUUGCCAAUAUGGGGGAUGAUGACUUAGACUACAACAUAGUUUUUUCAGAGGCACUGAUCUCAGAGAAACACUGGCGUGGAUCGAAGGAGCCAGUCGUUAUUCUGCUGGGCUGGGCGGGCAGCAGAGACAAGCACCUCGCCAAAUACAGCUCUAUUUACAACGAACAGGGUUGUACGACUCUACGCUACACGGCUCCUUUAAAGACGGUUUUUAUUUCAGAAUCAUUGGGCUACAAGGAGCUAAGAAGCACUGCACACAAACUACUCGAACUUCUGUAUGACUACGAGGUGGAAAACAACCCGAUCUUCUUCCAUGUGUUCAGCAACGGGGGCUUCAUGCUUUACCGCUACAUGGUUGAGUUGCUGCACAGUCACAAGCAGUUCAGCACUCUGUGUGUGGUGGGCACAGUUGUGGACAGUGCUCCGGGCAGCCAAAACGUCGUAGGGGCCCUCAGAGCACUCAAAACCACUUUAGGGCCCAAAGUGAACGUGCUACUGCAGUACUUCCUCCUGGCACUGUUUGCUGUUGCGGUUUUCCUCCUCAGGAUUGUUUUGUAUCCCUUGACCAAGUAUUUUCACAGGAACCACUAUGAUGCUAUGAUGGAGCAUCCAGCGCCGUGGCCUCAGAUGUAUCUCUAUUCCAGAGCAGACCGCGUGAUCCGCUACAGGGACGUGGAGAAGAUGGUGAAAGGGUUGCAGGAGAAAGGGCUGAUGGUUGAAAGUUUUGAUUUCAUCACCCCUGCACACGUGAGCCUGUUCAGAGACUGUCCCGAGGACUAUUCUAAUAGAUGCAGGACGUUUCUGAGCCACUGCAUGACUACUUCAGAGGAGAUCUUGAUGAAAAAGCAUCACUAAUUAUGCAGUUCAUGACUGGCUCAUUAAUAUACUCGCUGUACACUUUUUUUAUCGUGUACAAACUACCCUAUUUGUGAAAUAAAAGCACUGCUGUUUAAUAUAAUCAACUUAUCUCAAGCCGUACAUGAGGUUUUUAACAGGGGUCUACAACAACUUAUCUCCGAAGUAUUUUUGUCUUAUGCUGUGAAAUGAUUUGUAAAUUAGGGAGUUGUUGAUUUGUAACAUUGAGAUUUUUAGAUAUUGUGUACGAGUAAUUUUUUGUUGUCUAGACAUUGUGAAUGAAUAAAUUAAUAUAUUUGA